AAAUCAACUUGGAAGUUUAGCCUUGACCUCACCCAUCAUGUAGAAGAUGGAAUAUUUGAUUCUGGAAAUUUUGAACAAUUCCUAAAGGAGAAGGUUAAGGUCAAUGGAAAAACUGGAAACCUGGGGAACAUAGUUCACAUUGAACGUUUUAAGAACAAGAUCACAAUCAUAUCUGAGAAGCAGUUCUCUAAAAGAUAUCUGAAAUACCUCACAAAGAAAUAUCUCAAGAAGAACAGUCUUCAUGACUGGCUUUGUGUGGUCGCAUCUGAUAAGGAGACGGAGCUGUGUGACUUCCAAAUCAGUCAAGAUGAGGAUGGAUCAGAGUCUGAGGAAUAAAUGAAGCUUUUACUG